AUGGAAAGUUUCAGGCAAUGCCAUAUACCUACAACCCAGUCAGCGUUUGUGUUCGCUACCCGUCCUUUCAGUCACGAUCAUGUCUAUUACCCAAUCGAUGCUCUCCUAUUCUCGCUGACUGAACCAGAAUCACCUAUCGAAUCUAGACUGACCCUGUCGCUACUUGGAGCAAGCAUACCUAGAGUGGCACUGACAGAUACCGCCCAUAGUGAGGGCUCGCAAGCAGAUCAACACGGCAUCACAAAUGUGAACGCAAGAUAUGGUCCGGUAGCAGUUUUGCGCCGUACACAGACUCAAAGCAUGCUAAUGUGCUGCCAAAUGUUUCAGGCCACCAUUCGAAAUAUCUCAAGUAAGCCUUGGUCCAAGGACGGAGACAGUACGAUUUACGAGCAUUUCCAAUCAAUGAGAAAGCUAGCUUACGAAGCUCAGCAACUCGCCGAAGGAGCACAAAGCCAAGGUCUGCAAGCACGAUGUGAGUACUGGUUGGGAUGCGCCUGCGCAGGUACCCAAGACUUCCUCGCUGCGGCAGAUCACUUGAAGCGCGCUAGGUGGCUGGAUGUACCUGAUGGUCUGAGAUUCGAGGAGAAGGCGGACAUUCACUUCUUGCUGGCAUGCGUGGAGAAGCACAUUGAAGCUGUAGUAAAAGAUGAUUUUGCGGUAGGGUCAGACCAAUAUUGUUCUUCACAGGAGCGUGGGAUGUCGUUUGCAAACGAGGCGUCACUGCAGAAAUGGACAGCGCCAGAGCACUCGUACACCAAACAUGGACUGGAGACCCCACGUUUUUAG